CACUUCCUUCCCCACAUUCUUUUCUCAACGAGUCACUCAGCAACUCUUCAGUCUUUACUUUCCAAAGUCGCUCUUUUGCAAAGAACAACCACCCACUUUCCACUCUUUUCAACCAACUACCAACAACCAUCAAGAUGCGUUUCUCCGUUCUUACCGCUGCCGGCCUCAUUGGCGCUGCUGUCGCCGCUCCGGCUCCUGGCCCCGCUCCUCUCAACUUCGACGAUGUCAUCGUUGUUGGUGAGGACGGCACCCACACUGUCAUGAAGGCUUCCGAGUACGACGCUCUCGAGCGCCGCGCCGCCCUUCCCGUCGCUCCCGCCCCCGCCCUCGGCGAUGUUCUCUCCCGCCGUGGCUGCAAGGAGUCCACCGAGGUUCAGGUCCUCAGCGACGAGGAGUUCCUCAACUGGGACAUUGCUGUCUCCCCCGUCGUCACUGCUGCUGGCAACGACGUCGCCGUCUCUGUCGACAGCGGCUACUCCCUGGCCAACUCCGUUGCCGUCACCGCCGGUGUCUCCACCACUAUUGCCAAGAUCGCCCUCGGUAUCUCCCUCUCCGUCAGCUACACGAGAACCUGGACCACCACUCAGUCCCAGAACCUCCGUUUCACCGUCCCCGACGGCCAGUACGGCCUCGUCGUCUCCCAGCCCAACGUUCGCCGCGUCACUGGCAACAUCUUCUCUGGAUGCACCGACAGCCCCACCGUCGAUGCCUUCACCUCCGACAGCUACUCUGACCAGUCCUACGGCAACCUUGCCUGGGUCAAGGGUGUCAUCCGCCUUUGCAACAGCACCACCUACCCCGUCCCCUACUGCAUUGGCCAGGGCGAGCACAAAUAAGUGGCUCGUAACAUUGCCACGGCCCAGCCCGCUGCCACCAACGCUCGUGCGGCCAUCGAUACCCCUAGGACCUGCCGAGAAACCAUCUGCCAACUUUGCGAGAGAGCCCAUCAAAUCUCAGGGACGUCUGGAACGGAUAGGAGUUUUGGAGGUCUUCUCUUAGAACCACCGAGGAUACGCACGAUAUAAUGCCAAUACACCCUUGUCCUUGAUACCACAUCCCGC